AUGGGGCAUGGAUCUACUCGGCCCCUUCCCCCAGCAUUAGGUCAGCGUAAAUUUCUAAUAGUGGCAAUAGAUUACUUCACUAAGUGGACAGAGGCCGAGCCCCUCGCCUCCAUCACUGACAAGCAGGUGCAAGCCUUUAUAUGGAGAAACAUAAUCACAAGUGAAGCGGUCCUGCCAGUAGAAGUUGACAUCCCAUCACCUCGAAUCACCUUCUACGACUUUGAGCAAAAUGAAGAAGAAAAGCCUGUCAACCUCGACCUACUGCCAGAAACAAGGGGCAACGCCUUGCUAAGGUCGAUCCGCUACAAGCAAAGAGUGACUCGGCAAUUCAAUCGUCGAGUUAAAACAAGGCCAAUCCAGCUCGGAGACUGGGUGGUCAGGAAGGUUGAAGCAACAGGGCUCUCACACCUAAAAGGCAAGUUGGGGGCUAACUGGGAUGGUCCUUACAAAGUCACCAAGGUAAUCAAGCCUGGCACAUUCCAACUCGAGAACCCUGAAGGCAUUCCACUUGCUCGGCCAUGGAACUUGGACAACCUCAAAAAGUACUAUGUAUAA